AGCUGUUUAUAAAGUUUCACUGUAGACUCUCAUUCACUGCCAGAGUAAAAUCUAAACAAAUUGUUAAUUAAGAGUUAAAUGGUGCUUGCCUCUUGGUAGUUUGCAUUAUAUUGCAUUACCAACAGUAAGUGCGUGUGCUUAGUGGAAUUAAGUCGAUACGCAGUUUGUUGUCUAAAAAUGAGCUAAGACUUUGCAAAAGGCCAUUAAUCAGGAGCCCAACCAUGUCCAACAAUGAUUCCGAUGAUGUACGCAGCACCGCACAGCUACUGCUCACAAAUGCGAGACACAGUGGUGUUUCCUAUCAUAUGCCUUACGAUAUGUCCAGGCCGCAUGCCAUUAAUUUAUUUACGGAAGAGUUCUUAGGCGGUUAUUCGCAGGAUGGACGCAUGUCGGUGGUGCGGAGAUUCUUUUGCCUUUUUGUUACAUUCGAUUUACUGUUUGUAUCGCUACUCUGGCUCAUUUGCAUAGUUAUCGGCGGCGAUAAUAUAUUCCAGGCCUUUCAGAAACAAGUUAUGCACUAUACCAUAUAUACGUCGCUCUUUGAUGUUGUUGCCACAGCGCUUUGCCGUUUCAUCGUCUUAAUUUUCUUUUAUGCAUUGUUGUAUAUAAACCACUGGUCCAUCAUUGCACUUUCUACCAGUGCCUCAUGUGUGUUUCUCAUCACAAAAGUGUUUUUCUAUGAUUGGGUGCACUCCAAGCAACAAGUAUUCGAUGUCAUACUCAUUAUAACAUCCUUUAUUCUGGCCUGGGGCGAGGCUUGGUUUCUAGACUGCCGUGUUAUACCACAGGAACGGCAUGCUCGUCGAUAUUUUGCUGCCGCAAGUACAACUGAGCGCUCAGCAUUGACGCAGCCAACGAUCUUGACUGAACGUGAGCGCCCAUCGCAGAGUGUCACUGAUUUUUAUUCACCCUUGGAUACUGCUCAUCACUCGGACGAGGAGGAUGAACAGGAUGAUGAGUACAAUCAAAUGGGCUUAGAUUGCCUGCGCAAAGCUUUUGAGCUUAUAGAGUCCACAGAUUGGAAGAUGGAAAAGGUAACGCCAAAGGGCGAUACAAUCUACAGCACACAGCGCGAUAAAAUUGGCAAGAUUUAUAAAUUAACGGCACGUCUGAAGUAUCCAGCCAAGGUGCUAAUGGAGGAGCUCUUCUAUCGUAUCGAGGAUGUGCCCAAAUGGAAUCCAACUUUAUUAGAGUCCAGAAUUGUGCGGAAAAUCAAUUCGUAUACCGAUAUUACGUAUCAAGUUUCUGUUGGCGGUGGUGGUGGCAUGGUCAAGAGUCGCGAUUUUGUCAAUUUGCGCUCGUGUCGCUUAAUUUACAAUGGCAAAAUCUGUGAUGAUGAUGAGGCGGCUAAGCUAAGCAGCGAGGAAGAGGAUGAUAAUUCUCUGAACCGAUCCUGUGAGGGCAGCGUUGCUACAUUAUCGGACAGCGAAUCACAGACACCACAAUUUGGAAGCGUUGCCAGUAGCUAUCGCAAUAAAUUUAUUGGCCAGAGUUCGUUGCCGUCAGCAGAGGUGGCAGCAACAACUGCGACACCUAAAGCACCUGCCACUCCGGUGACACCCUACGACACAUUGAGUAAGAGUCUGGGUGCGAAGAGUUUGGGUGCUGCGCUAACUUUUCCCGUGGAGCCACCGCCAUUGGACGAUGAAUUUGAGGAUGCCAAAGAUCAGCCAGACAACACACCAUCCGCUGUGAAUAUGCCGUCAAUAUUGCCACCAGAUGCUGCGGUGGGCAAGACCAACAAUAAGGUGUGGAUGAGUGCGGCAAUAAGUGUUGAAUAUCCGGCUAUAGCUGCCACAACCAAGUAUACAAGAGGCGAGAACAUUGUGUCGGGCUUUGCAUUUCGAGAAAUCAUUGGCAAAAAGGAUAGCUGCAUAUUGGAAUGGGUGCUCUGCCUGGAUCUCAAGGGUUAUAUACCACGCUAUGUUCUGGAUGCAGCACUUACCUCAUCAAUGGUGGACUAUAUGAAAUACCUGCGCAAGCAUAUAAACGAGUUGCGACAACGUCGACGUCGUUGAUUCGUUGAUUCACCUGUUUCAGCUCUGUUGUAC